AGUCUUCAAUCGAUAAUCGAUAACUUCACAGCAAAUAUUGAAUUGGUAACUGAAGCGAAGCAAGAUGAAUAUUUUUUUGAUAUUCAAAACCGUACUACUUCUUAUGUUCUGCAAGCUGUAUUCCUUCAACGGCACCACACUUGGCCCAGCGAACUCGAAUGUUUCUGUAAAAGCAUCUACAAAACCAACGGACUACCUCGAUCACAUCACCAUCAUUGCUCACAUCGCCAACGGAAUUACCCUGCAAGCUGGAUUAAUGAAUGGAACAAUUCCGAUUAAUGAAGUAGUUGGUGAGAUGCUUAAUUUAGGAUCUGCCAAUGUUUCCGAUCUAAUCAAUUAUAAACCUGAUAAGAUCUUGGAGUUGAUCAAGAAGUUGAAAGAGGUCCGACAGAGUGUUGCUGCAAAUGAUAAGACCACUAAAAUGGAAACUCGAGCUUUGGAAUGGGAGGAUUAUCGUCUCAGGUCGGAAUUCAUUGGUGAUGUGACUAAUUUGACUGGAAGUGUGGAAUACUUUGAAGCUGUUGAAAACUUUCAAAGAGAUUUCAAUUCUUCUUUGUUCGAAAAUACUGAAGAACUGUUUAAAGACUUCAGCGAACACUUUACGGUUAUCUUGGAAAAUAGCUUAACCAGUACACUUUUUCCAAACUCUGGGUAUUACAACUUGAAAUAUUUCAAUGAGACAUUCCAAUCACUGAAAGAGCUUCUAAUUGAAAUCAAGGCAUUCAAUCGAACAUCAUUUGAUAUCCUGCUCAAUGGACCCAAUAUAUUCAAGUCGUUAGAUACAGUCAUCAAACUCUCGGCUCUUCGUAAAAACUAUUUUCCAUUGUAUACGGAAGACGGUGAGAAUCUGAUUAAACGGAAUAUUGAUCUGGCAUCCGCAUUGAGUGCAGUUAACGAAGCAUCUAGAAGUGAUAUGAUGACUGUCUCGAAGCUUUCCGAUCGUCUGGUAUCAAUUCCUUCAAGAAAGUACACUUCUGGAUUCUCACGUGGAUUAAUUGACAUGGAACAACUCAGAGACGGUGUACAAAAUCAGUGGUUCUUUGAGAUGACAAAUGCAACGGAAAUGGAUGGACAAAGUAUUCAAAAAAGCUUGGAGCCGAUGCUAUCAGCUUUUCAGACUAUGCAUGCUGUCAACAAGAAGUUGAAGGUUCCCUUUCCAGAGCAUACAAAGUUCCAGCAAUUCAAGGAUGAGCCGUACUUCAUUCCAGUUAAUGCUAAUUCUUCCGUUGAUGUUGUGAAAAAAUAUGAGGAUUGUGACGGAAAAGGACAUUCAGACGACUAUCGUAAAAAAGGAGUUGAAUUUAUUGAGAACGUGAAAACUGUUAGUGAUUGGUUGACUGCCUUUGACAAUUUCACCAGAAUACUUGACUUGGAUCAGUUGGAAAAGGACGUUUCUGCAUUUGUGAAAUCUUUGAACUUCACAGAUAUCAAUGAUCAGACACAAUCAGUGGCAGAAGUAAUUGAAAUUGUGAAGAAUAUAAGAAACUCUACCGGUUUAAAAAAUAUUCAGGAAAGUGUGAAAGGUGUUGAGAAUCAGUUUAAUGCUGUUCGAUUGGAUAGUCUGAAAAAUGAUGUGUUUCCAAAAAUAUCAGAUGUAUUCAGGAAAGACGAAAACUUCAAAAAAGUGAUCAAUGUCGAGAAUAGUGUUAACAAAUGCCUUCAAAAUGUUAAAAACGAAUCUCUGGUGAUCUCUGAAGCUAUUAAGACAAUUCAGAAGUUGAGAGUAUUGGAUGAUAAUCUAUUGGAAAGUGUUCGACAAACUGCAACAUCAGUAGCUCAGUUUUCUGAUGCUCUUCCUACAGUCACAUCAAUUCCUGAUGCAAUGAAGAAAGGUGUAAAGAAUGUGACACUAGAACUGAAUCAGAUGUCUCUGGAGUCAUUGAAUCAAUCCGAUGGAAUUGGUAUUUCUGCAAGUGCUCUUCAAAAUAUUUUCAGCCUUCUGGAUCUAGAAUCUUCGAUUAAUCAGCUGAAAAGUGUCGAUGGAAUUGUAAAAGUCGGAAUUGACAAGUCUAGUAACAAGUCUGAACUGAAAAGUCUUUGGGGAAACCACAAUCAUGACAUUAGUUCAUUGGAAGGUGCAAUUGCAAAGUCUAAGGAUUUCGUCUCGAAGAUUGAUGUAUCAAAAGCUCACACACUUUUCAGCUACAGUACACCUUUGAAGAACUUGUCUACAAUUCCUGAUGUCCAGAUUGAUGCAGUAAAGAAGUCGAAAGCACUGGAGAUAUUGAUUAGUUCACUUGUUGCAUCCUCUGUAAAAAAAAGAAAGAAAAGAGACACUAAAUCUGAUCUACUUGCCGCCAAAGAAACUCUCGAAAAGAUAUCCGUGUUGGAUUUGCAGUUCUCAAGUCAUUCAACACAAUUUCAGAAUGUUCCAUCAGCAUUCCAGUCGUUUGAUAACUUUUUGCAAUUGUUCUUUGCUUCUCAACAGCCAAUCAGUGCUCCUCCUCCAAUUCCUCAGAAUAAUGGUGGUGAUGUCAAUACAGGAGGUACUGGCAGUGGUACUAGUAAUGGUGGUCCGAUUGGUGAUACUGGUACUGUACCGACUGGAAGUGGAACAGGUGUCGGACAAGCUGCUGUUGUUGGAUCGAGCACUGCAAGUACUGUUAGCAAUGAGUCAAGUGAUUUUCCGAUACUUUUCGUUGUCAUUCCUGUGGUCUUAAUACUUGUUGUGCUUGUGAUUGGUGGAAUAGUGUUCUUUUGGAAUCGUAGAAGAGAGGAGAAAUGUAAAGAGAAAGAAGCUGAAGAAGAGAACGAGAAGCUGAUUCCUGAAAGAAAAAGGAUGGAAGCGAUAAAAGAAGAGGAAGAAAGAGUCAAGGCAGAAAGGGAAAAAGUGAAAAAAGAAGAGGAACGGCUCAAGGCAGAAGAAGAGAAGGUGAAGGUGGAAAAGGAAAAAGUGAAGGCAGAAGAAGAGAAGGUGAAGGUGGAAAAGGAAAGGAAUAAGGAAAAAGUGAAAGCUGAAGAGGAAAGGCUGAAGGCUGAGGAAGAGAAAGUGAAAAUAGAAAAAGAGAAGGUGAAGGCUGAAGAGCAAAAGAUCAAAGCCGCAGAAGAAGAGCGACGGAAGGAAAGAGCUGAAGACGCCAAGAAGGUCAAGGAGGGUCAGGAAAAGAUUGCCAUACUGAAUGCAAAAGUUCAAGAGAAAGAAGACAAGUCGGAAGCCCGACGUAAGCAGAAAGAAAUGGACAAUGAGGCAGAGAAACUGUUGAAUGUAGAGAAGGAGAAGGAAAAGAGGAAAAUUAUCGAGAAAUGGAUCAUGAGUAAGGAUUACAAGGAUGAUCAAAGGACUGCCAAAUUCUGCAAUACCACGAUUGAAAGUGUGAAUGCGUCGACGAUUGAUAAGGAUCAUAUCACUGAGUCGUAUACAUACUUGCCGGAGGAUAAGCACAGAUUCCCCAACGUUCCUUGUAAGCCAUCAACCGCUGUUGAGGUGAUUGUCGAUGGUCAGCGAGUCCCAAUUCAUGCCAACUGGAUUCCGACACCUGGUCAUCCGCACCGCUUCAUUGCUACACAGGGACCGCUGACAAAUACAUGUGAAGAUUUUUGGAUGAUGCUUAUGCAAUACGACGUUGAACACAUUGUAAUGUUUGGUCAAAAACGCGAGAAUUUGACUGACAUGUGUACCGACUACUUUCCACUAUGGUUUCCAUUCCUUUCCAAGACUAAAAACCAGUUAAAAAUCGGACGGUUCGAGAUCAAGAUCAAAAAUACGGAAUAUAUUUUGAAUAAGAAAAUAAAUCAAAGAACACUGGAAGUUGUCGAUUCGACCGGAAAAUUUGCUACAAGAACUCUGAUGCAUUAUCAAUAUUCGGAAUGGACUGGAUAUGGAGUUCCAAAGAGUCAUGCUGAAUUGUUUGAUCUGAUGGAAAUUGUAAAGAAAAGCGAGAAGCCAAUCGUGGUGCAUUGCUCAAAUGGAAUCGGAAGAUCCAUGGCCUUCAUCGGAACCGAGUGUCUUGCCCGUGAAGUUGAAGCCGAUCCGACAAUCGAACUGACUGAAGCUCUGAAACACGUGCGCGAGCAUCGUUGGAAUGGAGUUCAGACCAAUUCUCAGCUGUACUGGAUGACAUUGGGAACCAUGUACCGUCUGAUUAAAGAAUAUGGAUUUGAUAUGAAGAUGUAUGAGAAACAAAUGGCAAUGUUCACGGAUGUAGUCAAUCGUUUGUUGGCACUUGACACAAUCAGCAAGUAUUCGGAUGCAUUGUGUGAUGAGAAGAAGUCUGACGAGAAUAGGGAUGAAUUGGUGGGAAGGAUUGCUAAUGUUAACAAGAGAUUGGCUGGAAUUGGAAAGAAGAAGUAGAAGAAAACGCUUGAAAUUGACCGGUUUUUGUAUUGAAUUCAAUGAUGAAUAUUUUGUGAAA